AUGCAAAACUCACUGGAGUACGGUUCCCGCAAUCUCAUUGGCUAUGGCGAGACCACGCCAGAUCCACAAUGGCCUAACGGGGCCAAAAUCGCGCUCUCAUUUGUGCUGAACUACGAAGAAGGCAGCGAAGUGUGUCCCGAGAAUGGCGACUCUGUCACCGAGGUGCUGGCCACAGAGCUGGGCCCUGGCGUGCAACCGUCUCUGGGCGGCGUUCGCGACGUGAACGUCGAGUCGCUGUACGAGUACGGCAGUCGCUGUGGAGUAUGGCGAGUUCUCAGACUCUUUGAAGAGUACGGCACGAAACUGACUAUAUUUGCUGUUGGACAGGCACUGGAGAAAAAUCCCCAGGUUGGAAAGGCGUGUGUCCGUGGUGGCCACGAAGUUGCGUCUCACGGCUGGAGGUGGGUCGACCGUUCCGGAUGGACUGCAGCUGAGGAGAAAGAAAACGUUAAACGGUGCAUCCACGCCAUUGAAAAGACAACAGGGCGGCCACCAAGGGGCUGGUAUUACGGGAUGAUCCACAGCAAGGCGGCAGAGAGAUCGCGCAGCAUACUGGCGCAGACUUUUGCCGAGCUACGGUUGCCGCUCCUCUGGUACGGCGACGCGUACAAUGACGACCUGUCGUACUGGGUGCCUUAUCCUGGAGGACUCAAGCAAGAAGGUCUUUUGGUCAUUCCCUAUACCAUGGACACGAACGACUACAAAAAUGCAGGCUACCAGGCGGCGAGCAUGGCAGCCCCAAAAUGCUGA